UCUGUACAGCUGCAGACUUGACUCUACAGGGACUGUGGAGGUGAUUUGCUAUUGGACAAUCACAUCCCUGCCCGAGAGCCAAUCACACACUGUAUCCAAGAAGACUGGAGCUGCUCAAUUAAGUCAAGGUUUUUGAAUGUAGGAGCUCCAAUGGCUGAGGUACGCGCUGCUCGACAACUGCUGCCCUCUGCAUGAUUUAUCAUUUAUGUUUUGUGUAUAACACAUCAUUGUAAUGUAAUGAUCUGAAAAGCCUGACAGUGUUGACGUCAUCGCUUCCUGAAGAAAAGGAGCACUGCAGUGUAAUCCGUGCAAUGUUGGAGCCCUCUGCUGAUCACAUGCAGUUACUGUGCAGAGAGCUGCAUUCGUCUCCAUGGAUACAACACAACAAGUCAACAUGGAGGCAGAGAUUUAGCAGGACUUCACCAAGUGUUAAAUGUUUAAAAUAUCUUUCAUUUGCGGGAUGUUUUUGGUCCUGUAAAAGAAGAGGGUGUGUGUGUGUGUGUGUGAGUGAGAAGAGUACAGAGUUUCUUCCUCUGUGAGGAUGGAGCAGAUGGAGGCAGAGCUGUCGCAUCAAAUCUCCGCACUACAUGCUGAAAUCAAGGAGAAUGGAUUUCAACAGGGAGCAGGCGCCUUCAAAACAUACAGUUCUGUUUUGCCUCCUAAAGAUAUUUCCUUCUUCCGUGUGGAGAGGGAACGUGCACUAAGGAGAGGUCUGCAGGUGGCUGAAGCUCUGCCCGUUCAUUCUCAUGCUGACGUGAUGCACAGAGAGCUGGAGAGCUGCUUGACUCUCGAGCACAUGCCUGACAAUCUGCCUCUCCUCCUGCACCAGUUUUACGUGGACAGAUCGUAUCACUUGGCUCAGGUCAAAUAUCUGCUCAUGCUGAGAUGGAGGAGAUUUUGCCGCCACAGCAGCAUCAUAGAGAAGCUUUAUCCUCAUUACCGAGUUUCAUAUAUCACCUGUGAGUAUGAGCACAGUGUUCAGAGAGCUCGACGGCUGUCUGCGAGCACAGAGAAGAUCCUGACUGCUCAGAACAGAGACUCCUCCCACCUGCUGACCCAGGACGACGUGGUCAUUUACCUGCGAUGGCUGCUCUGUCAUCUGCACUCUAUCCGAACCAUUCACAGCUUCCUCACGGUGCUGCACUACAUACCGGCCUGUGAAAGGAAAGAUAAAGGAGGAGAAUUUCAGGAGGCAGAAUCUUUGCAUCAGACUGAUGGACUCUCAGGCCAAGCUGAGAACGUUCCCCUCCUCUCUGUUCACCUGCAAGAUUUUCUACCCGAGCUUCAGUCGUUACUCACCUAUUUCCACCUGUCUUAUGACACUGGGAAACUGCGGACCACUGCAGAUGAGAUGGAGAUGUUCAGCACAGUGUGGAGGGAGUUCAGAACAAUGUUCAGACAACAGGAGCAGAUGAGAACGUUUCCGUGGUACGACUCUGCAGAGGUCGAAGAGAGCCAGUGGGGGAGGAAGAGUGGGAACAUGGCUCUGAGGAAGGAGGCCAACUGGAUCCCUUUCAUUCAGGUGAAACCCAGACAGGAUCCUUGGCAGCAGAAGACCGUCACAAGGCUGAGAGAGAACAAAUGUGUGGACGAGCUGUUGAGGACGCACUGCAGCUUUCUUCAGGUCUCAGAUCUGCACCGAGUGGCCUCGGCUCUAAAAGACCACGCCGCUCACGUCUGUGAUCCGCAAUCCACGCUGACCUCGUGUCUCUUACUGUCACACUGCAGUAAGACAAAGCGACAGAAAAUCUCCGACAUCUGGAGGAGUAUUUACUCGUCCACCAGUGUAACUCAGGAAACACAGAGUCACUCUUCCAGAGGCACAGGAGGAAACUACAGGAGUUCAACGAGUCAGAGACUGCAGCUUGUGGAUCUGGAUGACAGCUUAGAAGAAGACAUCUCGGAUCCCAUCGUGACCAAAGGUGCUCACCUGUCCCUGGUUUACCUGCGUCAUCUCAAACUCCGAGAGCUCCAGCGUGUUUCUCUGGCGAUGCUGAACUACCUGCGCUCUGUGGAGAGGACUUUGACCUUUGAGCUGUCUGGUCUGCAGCGCGAGGACGGAGAGCUUCUCAGCACAGCGGAGGAAACUGGCUGGAUGAACGCGGCCAGAGGGGGGAGAGGGGAGGCAGGCGGCCUCGGGUCGCUGCAAUUCAACCACAACACUCCUGUCGACUAUAAGGUUCAUUGCUCAGAGUUUAUGGAGUUUGCCGAGGUGGAGAACCUUCAUGAUUUCUACAGCACCCAGGGGCGUUUCAUCCACACUCAGGACCAGCGAGGGUUUUACAUUGUGUACGACGCAGCUCUGAACGACCUGGACGAGCUGGAGAAUGAGCUCCUCCUCGUCGGCUCGCACUUCCUCCGAAGAAACACGAUUCAGAAGAUGGGAAAAGCCAAGGAAUCUGCCACGGCCACGUCCCCGUCUGACCUCGACUCCUGGGCUGGGGCACAUGUGGACCGAGUUGCAGUGCUUCUCGACCUGUGGUCCUGCGAGACCGAAUUUCUGGAGAGCAAAGUACAGCUCUUAAACUGUUACUAUGAAGCCUACCAGCACUCAGCGGGGACCGAGGAAAGGUUUACACUGGCUCGAGUUAUCACUGAUAUCAUGCACAGUAGACCACAGCUGGACCUGAACCAGGAUUACUUCAUUCAGGCCUACAGGGCUGAGAUAGACUGUCUGCGCAGUCAUCAGCAGCUGAUCAAAAACAUUCUGGAUAACCAGAUUGAAAAACAGCGCCUGUACCUCCAGCGCGUCUGGAGAGGCGAUGAUAAAGGCUCCAUUUAUAACUACGGUCUGCCACUAAACUACGUUCCUAAGCAUUCCGUCUCACUUGGAGGCAGCAGCCCCGCACUUAUGAACACAUUCCUCCUGGAGGUUCACCCGUCCCUCUGUCUGGCCUCGGCAGUCCAUCAUGGUUUGGUCCAGGCUCACACAGAGCUGUGUCAGCUGCGCCGAGCCACGAGCGUCUCUGACAAACUCAUCCUGCGACAGAAGCUCCUGCGUCAGGCCCUGCAGAGCUGGAGCAACCUGGCUUCACCUGGAGCCUCCUACGGCGCUCAGAUACAAAAGGAUCUGUUCUCAGGUGUGUUUUUCGAGGAUCCAGGUUUGGUCCUAAAAGUGGGGCUGACUUUAAACAAAUCUAAAGAGGAGAUGGACGUGAAGCAGGGGAGAGAAAAACAGUCGUUUGCUGUGGACAUUUUCUCAAAGCUGCUGGAGCUCAUCACCAUCCGCCAUCGAUUGCUGGAGUCGGCCUCUGAGACUGCACAUCUGGCACAGUUGUACAAAAACGUAGCCUCGGAGCUCGGCCUCGAUGAGUUCCACCUUUAUCUAAGGCCGGUGAAGUUUGAAGACGCUGAGGAGAAAGACCAAACAGAGGCGACUUUUAUCACAGCGACACGGGACGAUGACACUCCUGUGGACAGGUUCACCCCCUCCCACCUGCCUCUGAGUGUCCAGGAACUGAACGAGGACCAGAUCGGGAAGUUUAGCUUCGCCUCAGAGGACGCAGUUCUUCGUCUUAUGAACACACAGAGCGUUGAGAACCUCCAGGUGACUCUGGCCUGUCAGGUCGCUCAGAAAAACGCCCUGAUAAGUGCCGUGAAAGUGGCUUGUCUUUGCCAUUGGGCCGGAAGUGUGACAUCAUCAGCGGAGAGUGGAGAAUCCUGUCAUUUUGGUAAAGAUGUAAAGUCCGCAACGAGAUUUGACUCCAAACUCUCUACGAGAACUCUCACCACCACAUAUCAGAGGCAGGUCUUUGUGUCCAUACAGCUGGAAAAAGUGUGUCUGCGUGAUGAGAUGCUGAACUCAUUUAUGAAGAAGAAACAGGCCGUGGGAGGUCGAGUAAGAACCUCAGAGGAAGAAGCAAAGAUCAGAAGGAGCCUCAUAAUUGACUUUCUCAGAAGAUUCAGCGCACACGUAUCGCAGUAUUGUGUGCGAGCUCAGAUCGUUGCAUAUUACUACAGUCUCACUUCUCUCUUGGACGACGUCCCGUCCGUGCGUCAGUCUCACUUCAUGACGGAACAAACCGAUGAGAACAAAGGUUUUCUGAACUUUGGAGCCGACAUAUGUUCUGAGCCCAGCACCUCUCGGCGUCAGCUGUUGUCUGCAGACGGCAACACUCUCGUCAGCCUGUGGGUCAUCCCUCACUUCUCUGAAGUGCUUCACAUGUUCAGAACGCUAGAAGCCCCGGCCUGCGCUGCAGCGCUCCAUCACACUCUACACAUAGUUUCAGCUCUUCAUGACAUCGUCUGUUACCUGGUGAGUUUCUCUCGACUGGGAAACACUGAAAACUCCUGCAGCUGGAGGAGAGAGCGGGAGGCGCCGGGCUCACGUCUCGCAGCCGACUGGGGAGGCGCCGAAGGCAUCGGAGCAGAGCUGCUGGAGAUCCAGCGACAGAUCGAGCGUCUGUCUGAUCCCAGCAGUCCCGCCUCUGUCGGCCGUCUGCUGCAGCUGCGCAGGCAGGUUCUCCUCCUGCAGUUCGACACUGCUGUCCGACUCCUCAUCAGGGAGGCGUUCCUCUCCUCGGGCGACGUCGCUUCUUACCAGAGUGUGAGUGACAACAUGAAGACUGCACUGCCUCUGCUCAGUGACACUGCUCCAGCUCACGUGUUCAGCGUCACGCUGCCUGUUCCUCGACCUCUGGAUGCUGGAAGCCUCCAGGCACAGAGGAUGUAUUCCUGGAGAAGUUUCAUAGCCUCUCAUGGGUUGUUUCCUCUGCGUGUUUGGGACUUACCACCCAUUGAAUACUGCAUGCAGGUGUGUCUGAGCGGUCUGAAGGACUGCAGCAGACUCCAGGCCAACGCAGCGAUCCUCGGUGUGUCGCUGCUCCUGGAGGACGUCCUGAACAGCGGGAGAGACGCAGAGCCUGUCCGUCUCUAUGGCAACAAGGACGGCUGUCUACACGACGGACAACCUCACAAUGGCGGAAAAAGCUGCUCUGAAGCUGAAGUAGAGGAGAAGACGUGUGUGUCAGACUCCACUCCUCUGCAGGAUCCAGUUCGAAUGCAGUCCGUGAUGAAAGGUUUCCUCCUGCUGACAAAGCAGCUUCAGGUCUUCAAGGAAAACUGGGCUCAAAGACGUUUGGGGCCAGACGUGUUCAGUACGCCUAGUUUGUAUCAGCAGUUUGUCAACCUCUACAGAGCCGAGAUCUUUUACCCCAGUAUGAAAGCGUUGGCACUGACGAUGGGUAAAGAGCGCGACUAUGAGGUUCUCAUUUCUGGCAGCCAGUCUUUUCUGCCUCCUCCUGGAGCCUCAGAAACUGAUGUGAAAGCCUGGCAGCUUCACAGACUGCUGGAGAGCACAGAGUGUGACAUGAUCAAGGCAGUGCAGAGGAGGAUCAACACGGAGCUGAGUCUGGCGGUUUCAGAGCGAACACGACACGAUACGUCGUGCCUCCCAACGGAUCUGUGGAAAAAAGUCCCGCCGAAGCACAGCUUGUCUCCCGAGCGUCCACAGAUUGUGGAGACGUUUGUGAAGCAGCUGAUGGAGGGAGAGGAGCAGGUGGAGGGACAGGUGAAAGUCUCUGUGAGUCACCUGCAGACGUGUCUCACUCACCUCGGCUCAGCACUGUUGGAGCGAGAGCGCCGCAGCUUCCUGCUCUACUCGCACUUCUACGAACAAAUCCUGCAGCAGGAGACUCUGCUUCUGCACCAGACAGAACAAGAUUUAAAGGAUCUUAAGGAGUUGCAGACAAAGGAGGCUCACAGAGAGGCGUCGUUUUCCUGUCGUGAGAUGAUGCUGGAGAUCUCCGCGCUGCAGGCCCAAGUCGCUCACCUCCAAGACGAGAAACGUUCUCUAGAAGAGCAGCUUGGCCUCAAAUUUAAAGAGCGUUACAACCAUGUGGUGCGACAGCUCGUCUCUACCUGCAUUCAGCUACAGACCAGACUAGACGAUCAUCAGCGGCAGACGGAGCAGGACGUGAGUGUGAUGGUGAGCAGGAUCAGAGAAGAGGGAGUGGCCAGAAUGAUGAAGCUCAAAGAGAAGUACGGCUGCACCACAGACAACGAUGCACUCACUGUGACACAGGCAAAGAAGGAAGAAGUCCAGGAUUUGAGCCUGGAGAACAGCCAGCUGACGUCUCUGCUCUGUAAACUCAAGGCUCUGAGUCGAUGGCGGCAGGUGGUCGAGCAGGAGAAGCUUCACCGACGGCUGCUUCAGACUCAGCAGAGGGAGAUCAUCAGUCGCACCGAGGCCGUUAGAGUGAAGACGGUGGCAGAGGAGGAGGUGAUCGUCCUGCGGGAGGAGCUGGACGCCGCUCGGCGGAUGUUGAACUGCAGUCAGGACGAGUGCAGCCGCACCAAAAAGCUGCUCAGCAAGAAGACAGAGGAACUGCAGGCAGCCAGGCAUCAGUCUGCCCAGGAGGCCCGCAGCAGGCGGGAGGUGGACACUUACCGACUGCAGAACCUGCAACAAAUGAGAGCGGACAUGGAGGACAGAGACAGACAGCUCCGAGACAUCAGUGAGCAGCUGGAUAGAGACAGCAAGAUGAGCCAGUUUCAGAGACAACGCAGCGCCAAGGAGAUCCGGCAGGUGAAGGGCCAGCUACACCAGGAGCGCUGCCUCAAACAAGAAGCCUUUCAGCAGGUGGACAAGCUGCAAAACCAGGUGAACGACAUUGAAGCAGCUUUCUCCAGGAGCACGUCCACAAUAGGACAAAGCAGGACUGCUUACAUGCCGUCAGUCAGCAGAUGGAGCACAAGGAGUCCCUCAGCAGGUCUGCACAGGCUCACAAACUCCACCGCAUUUCAGGAACUCACGUCAGAGCAAAGACGAGCGAGAGCGGAAACAACCCGGAGUCGUUCAAACGCGAGAAUCAACAGACCCACGGCAGAUCCAUCUCGCCUGCGUGUCCCGUUGCCAGAGCUGUGAAAUGAACUUUUUCUAAAAAGCACAGCAAGGUGUUCAGCAGGUGUAGCUACUGUUUGACGAGCAGACUGUGACACACUCGUUUAAUGUUUGUUUUCCAGCCGUGGGUGAGCAAAGUCUCAUUUCAAAGGCCGAGAUUAUGACCUGAGAAGAGGCGCCGUAUUCUUACCUCACAAUCUAUCACUGUGAGAAACGGCACGUCUGACACGACACUAACAUUAACGUACAGUAACAACAUGGUAUUCAUUUUGUAAUUGGGAUGUAACAUCAAGUCACUGUAGGCUGCUAUCUGAGCAAUAUUAGCAAAUGUAUGGCCCACAAACAUUGUCCAUUGUUAUUAUCAAGUUAUUACUUGGCAAUUGCAUAAUAUUACUGCCCUAUUACAAACUUAAUACUAUAUUAUUACCUAGUUGCAAGAAAAUAAGCCGAGAACUUGACCAAUAUUAACUUCUUUUUUUGUCUUUUGUUUGUUUUAAUCUAUGCAAGAGCUGUGAAGAGCAUGACAAACGUUUGUGUCCAUCAAAUACAAAUAUUAUUGUUCAAAGAAAUAUCCAGGAUUUGCUUUUACAAGAGUAUGAUGACUAAAUUAGGACUUUUUGGUGACUUUUUGGACGACAUACUAAACUAUGACAUGCAAUUAACAAUUGUAAAUUGUAAGAACAACAAAAAUAAACACACUGAAAUUGA